AUGACUCUCACUGGUAGCUGCAUGUGUGAUGCUAUCCACUACACCGCUGAAGUGGACAAGUACACCGCUGCCCUUUGCCACUGCACCGAUUGCCAGAAGUGGUCCGGAGGCGCAUUCACCUCUAACGCCGUCGUUCCCCGCAGCAGUCUCAAAGUGACAAAGGGAACCCCAAACUCUUAUGACGCCAUCGGUGACAGCGGAAAAAUCAACAAGCACUUCUUCUGCUCAAACUGCGGCUCAAGCCUCUAUACCGAGCUAGAGAUCAUGCCAGAAAUGACCUGCAUUAAGGCUGGUGGUCUGGAUAACAAGGAGGCCCACAUGAACGGCAAGAUUGACGUUGAGUUUUAUGUUAAGGAUCGGCCUAGUUAUCUUGCUGCUGUUGAGGGUGCGAAACAGGAGCCCAUGCUUGGCUAG